AUGGCCCUGGGGACGAUGCUCAAGGCUCCUCUCCUGCUCCUGGGGCUGCUGACUGAAGGCCUGACACAGUUGGCGAUUCCUGCCUCCAUCCCCCAGGGCUUCUGGGCCCUGCCUGAAAACCUGGCAGUGGUGAAGGGGGCCUCGGUGGAGCUGUGGUGUGGGGUCAGCACCCCUGGCAGUGCGGUGCAAUGGGCCAAAGACGGGCUGCUCCUGGGCCCCGACCCCAGGAUCCUAGGCUUCCUGAGGUACCGCCUGGAAGGGGACCCUGCUAGAGGUGAAUUCCACCUGCACAUCGAGGCCUGUGACCUCAGUGAUGACGCGCAUUAUGAGUGCCAGACCCCCAGGACCCACGAGUCUGGGCUUCAAGCCCUCCCUUACCCCAGGACCCAGGAGUCCAAGCCCCCAGUUUCUCCUCUCCCAGACCCUUGGUACCAAGCUCCAAUCUUCAAAUCCUUCUCAGUGCUGGAAGCUUACCCCAGACCCUUCUCACCAGUUCCUCCCAAGCUGCUCCACCUGACCCCGGAGGCAGGCACCAUGGUCCCUUGGGUAGCUGGGCAAGGGUACGUGGUCAGCUGUUUGUCUGGGGACGCAAAGCCAGCACCUGACAUCACCAUUCUCCUGAGUGGACAGACAAUAUCCGACAUCUCUGCAAACAUGAACGAGGGCUCCCAGCAGAAGCUCUUCACUGUGGAGGCCACAGCCAGGGUGACACCCCAGAGCUCGGAUAAUGGGCAGUUGCUAGUCUGUGAGGCGUCUAGCCCAGCACUGGAGGCCCCCAUCAAGGCCUCAUUCACCGUGAAUAUUCUGUUCCCUCCAGGACCCCCUGUCAUCGAGUGGCCAGGCUUGGAUGAGGGGCAUGUGCGGGCAGGACAGAGCUUGGAGCUGCCAUGUGUGGCCCAAGGGGGGAAUCCCUUAGCCACACUGCAGUGGCUGAAGAAUAGCCAGCCGGCGUCCACAGUGUGGGGCACAGAGCACACCCAGGCCGUGGCCCGCAGUGUGCUGGUGACGACCGUGAGGCCAGAAGACCAUGGAGCGCGGCUCAGCUGCGAGGCCCAUAACAGCGUGUCUGCAGGGACCCAGGAGCGCAGCAUCAUGCUGCAGGUCACCUUUCCCCCUAGUGCCAUUACUAUCCUGGGAUCUGCAUCCCAGGUUGAGAACAAGAACGUGACACUCUCCUGUGUCAGCAAGUCCAGUCGCCCACGGGUCCUGCUACGAUGGUGGCUGGGCUGGCGGCAGCUGCUGCCCAUGGAGGAGACGAUCAUGGAUGGAUUACAUGGUGGUUACAUCUCCAUGUCCAACCUGACAUUCCUGGUGCGGCGGGAGGACAACGGUCUGACCCUCACAUGUGAGGCCUUCAGUGAAGCCUUCGCCAAGGAGACCUUCAAGAAGUUGCUCACCCUGAACGUAAAAUAUCCCGCCCAGAAACUGUGGACUGAGUGUGCCCCAGAGGGGCAGAAGCUCCGGGCUGGGACCCGGGUAAGGCUGGUGUGUUUGGCCAUCAGGGGCAACCCAGAGCCCUCCCUCACAUGGUACAAGGACUCGCGCACUGUGACUGAGUCGCGGCUGCCGCAGGAGCCGCGGUGCAUGCAGCUCGGCAACGUGGAGAAAUCUGGGAGCACCUUCUCCCGAGAGCUGGUGCUGGUCACAGGGCCGUGGGACAACCAGGCCAAGUUCAUGUGCAAGGCUGGCCAGCUCAGCGCGUCCACGUAGCUGGCGGUGCAGUUUCCCCCAACUAACGUGACCAUCCUGGCCAACGCAUCCGCACUGCCCCCGGGGGACGCCUUAAACUUGACAUGCAUCAGCGUUAGCAGCAACCCGCCGGUCAACUUGUCCUGGGGCAAGGAAGGCGAGAGGCUGGAGGGCUUGGCCAUCCCGCCCCGGAGAGCCCCGCUCAAAGGCUCCGCCACGGCCAGAAGCGUCCUUCUGCAAGUGUCAUCCCUCCAUCAUGGCCAACGCGUGACCUGCCUGCUGGCCCACAGCGCCGAGCUCCGCGAAACCGUGAGCUCCUUCUAUCGCCUCAACGUCCUGUACCGUCCAGAGUUUCUGGGGGAGCAGGUGCUGGUGGUGACCGCGAUGGAGCAGGGAGAGGCGUUGCUGCCCGUGUCCGUGUCCGCUAACCCCGCCCCCGAGGCCUUCAACUGGACCUUCUGCGCCUAUCGCCUCAGUCCAGCGGGCGGCCCCCGGCAUCGCAUUCUGUCCAGCGGGGCUCUGCAUCUGUGGAAUGUGACCCGCGCGGACGACGGCCUCUAUCAGCUGCACUGCCAGAACUCCCAGGGGACCUCGGAAGCGCUGCUGCGGUUGGACGGGCACUAUGCUCCCACCAUCCGUGCCCUCCAGGACCCCACUGAGGUGAACGUUGGGGGUUCUGUGGAAGUCUGCACGGUUGAUGCCAAUCCCAUUCUACCAGGCAUGUUCAGCUGGGAGAGACUGGUGAGGACCCAGCCUUUGGUGAAAGGAGAAGAGGAGGAGGACCAGAGCAUGGAUGACAUGGAGAAGAUAUCCAAGGGACCCACGGGGCACCUGCAGAUUCACCAGGCCAAACUGGCCCAGGCUGGUGCUUACCAGUGCAUCGUGGACAAUGGGGUGGCGCCUCCAGCACGAGGGCUGGUCCGUCUUGUUGUCAGAUUUGCCCCCCAGGUGGAGCACCCCACUCCCCUAACUAAGGUGGCUGCAGCUGGGGACAGCACCAGUUCUGCCACCCUCCACUGCCGUGCCCGAGGUGUCCCCAACAUCAUUUUCACUUGGAAAAAUGGGGUCCUUCUGGAUCUCCAAGAUCCCAGGUACACAGAGCACACAUACCACCAGGGUGGUGUCCACAGCAGCCUCCUGACCAUUGCCAAUGUGUCUGCAGCCCAGGAUUACGCCCUCUUCACACGCACAGCCACUAACCCCCUAGGCUCGGACCAAGCCAACAUUCAAUUCGUCAGCAUCAGCCGCCCUGACCCUCCAUCAGGAUUAAAGGUUGUGAGUCUGACCCCACACUCUGUGGAGUUGGAGUGGAAGCCUGGCUUUGAUGGGGGCCUGCCACAGAGGUUCUGCAUCAAGUAUGAGGCCCUGGGGACUCCAGGGUUCCACUAUAUGGAUGUCCUACCACCCCAGGCCACCACCUUCACACUGACUGGUCUGCAGCCUUCUACACGAUACAAGGUCUGGCUGCUGGCCAGCAAUGCCUUGGGAGACAGUGGACUGGCUGACUAGGGGACCCAGCUUCCCAUCACUACCCCAGGUCUGGACCAGCCUUCCAGAGAACCUGAAGACCAGUUGCCCAUAGAGCCGCCUGCAGGCAAGUCCUCUGUCCCCUGA